UCUGAUCGCAGUCUCCUCAUCUGAUGCUGUCAUUCAUUCACACAUCUCCUCCUUGCAUUGAGCUGUGAAUGAGGGAAACUUCAUCAUCAUCAUCAUCAUCUUCAUCUCUGUGUCUUCUGCUCAUGACUGCAAGUGCUCAUGCUGCUUUUCCUUCAGCCUUAUUGUUUCCGUUCAUCAGAGCUGAGGUGAGGAGCUAGGGAAUAAAAUAUCGCCAAAACUCUGUGGAGAUAAAGGGAAAACGAUGAAGGAAAAACGCGAUUAAAUCCGGAGAUAUCGACGAGAGGUUAUAAAAGGAUUCUUACAGCACUGGACCGGCUCACAGUGCAUGUGCCCUUUCAGCUAUGCCCCGCGUCAACCCAUCCUUUCAGCAAAUCCAAAGGAAGUACUGCCUGCCCCUGUAGGAAUGACCACUCGGCCCCGGCACCUGCUUCUGCCCGCCGCAGCUCCCGCACCUCUCACCAUUUCACUCCCCACCAGUUCUCCACCAUGAACGAUGAGGUCAUCAGCACUAACGCAGUGGCCUGGCUGGUCUGCUCCGGAGUGUCCAUCCUCGCCAACGCCUGGGGGAUCCUGAGCGUGAGCGCCAAGCAGAAGAAGUGGAAGCCUCUAGAAUUCCUCAUCUGCACGCUGGCCGGCACGCACAUCCUCAACAUGGGCAUCCCCAUCACCAUGUACUGCGUCAUUCAGCUACGCCGACAACAUUCCAGUUACGAGUGGAACGAAGGACUCUGCAAGGUCUUUGUCUCCACGUUCUACACCCUUACCCUGGUCACCUGCUUCUCCGUCACUUCCCUAUCCUACCACCGCAUGUGGAUGGUCCGUUGGCCCGUCAACUAUAGGUUGAGUAACACCAAGAAGCAGGCUGUCCAUACGGUCAUGGGCAUCUGGAUGGUCUCAUUUAUCCUAUCCACACUGCCUGCUGUGGGCUGGCACGAUACCACCGAACGCUUCUACACCCACGACAACUGUCGCUUCAUUGUGACAGAGAUCGGUUUGGGUUUUGGCGUCUGCUUCCUGUUGCUGAUCAGCGGCAGCGUGGUUAUGGGCGUCAUCUGCAUCGGCAUCGCCCUUUUCCAGACCUUCUCUAUACAGAUGGGCCAAAACGCGGACAAGAACAAAUUUAAUGUGCCCACUAUCGUAGUGGAGGACGCCCAGGGAAAGAGACGCUCGUCCAUUGAUGGUUCAGAGCCCGUCAAGACAUCGCUGCAAAUCACCUAUCUGAUCAGUGGAAUAGUCUUGAUAUAUGACUUUCUUACUGGAUUCCCCAUAUUGGUGGUGAGCUUUGCAAGCUUGAAGUUUGAUCGCUCCUAUAGCUGGAUGGUCCUGUGUGUCCUCUGGUGCUCUAUAGCACAAUCCAUCCUGCUCCCAAUGUUCCUGUGGGCUUGUGAUCGCUACAGGGCAGACGUCAAGUUGGUCUGGGAGAAAUGCGUGGCCAUCAUGUCCAACGAUGAUGUGGAUGAAGAAAACAGCCAGGAUGGAGGCAUUCAUCAGGACUUAAUAUAUGACAGACCAUUUGACUAUAGCUCCGCAGCUGAUAUCAUGACGGUAGACCGUAUUGCCAAGUACGAAUUCUCAACCUUAGAAAGGGGGGGCUUCCAGGGUUAUCCAUUGAGGGACCUUCAGGAAGAUAAAAUGCACUAUUUGCAGGUGCCGCCUACAAGAAGAUACUCCCACGACGAAACCGACAUGUGGACCACCGGUCAGAUUCCGUCUUACCUGCACCGCUGGGGCUCCACGGAGGACAUUAUUGGCAUCCCGCAGUACAGCUCGCCGCGCCACGAGAGACGUCGAAGCAGUCCGGCAGCUUACCACGAUCAGAGCCACGCUCACCGCAAACGGAGACGUUCAGAGGACUCGCAUUCGCUCAAGCAGAUUCCGCGAGUCGAGCGUUAUGAGGACGAUUUAAAGUGCUUCAGCCGCGAUGAAGUGAUCAAUUUCAUCGAUGAGACGCCGUUGGCCAGUCCGAUGCGAAGCCCGCGACGCGCAUCGGCAAUUUCUCUCGUACCCGAGACGUUCGAGCAGCGCGUCGUUUUAUUACCGCAUUUCCCGCUCACGCAUUUUGAGCGCGAGCCUCAAGCGUUGAGACGAUACUUUGAGCGCGGCCAGUGUGCCGCACUAACGGAAAACCCUCAGGAUUUUUUGAGAAAGUCGAAGGAAGGCGACGAGAGCUCGGGCACGACGGGAUUACACGAACACGUGUCAGAGAUGGUUACGUCGGAUCCGAGCGCGCGGACAGGUGAUCAGUCCUGUUCGACACUGAGGACAGCACGGGUGGACGUACCUGGUUGGGCGGAUCAGAAGCACCUGUAUAAAGGCGAAAACAAGGGAAGCACAAACAAUUUUAUAAGCUCGCAGUCUGCGUCGUCAGGCUACAUAAAUUUUCCCACCGAAUCUAUAGGAUCCACAAACUAAAGAACAGUUUUUAAAUAGCUCCUGCUAUGGUCAAUAGUAUUCUAACUUUGGUUAAGUGGAAUGACUCUUAGAAAAUGGGCUCUUGAGCGCGGAGAUAUGAUGAUUGAUCAAAUUGCAUAUGUGUUUCUGAUAUAGCACUGUAUUGCUUUAUUUUGGGUUGAUAUUCCAGUAAACAGUUGUCUAAGAAACUUUCUAAAUCAUUUUAGACCCUGCAUUUAAAAUCCUCAAAGGUCUUAGUUGUGGAAAGGGUCUAAAUUUGUUUACACCACAUUACCACUCACAGAAGGUAUAGCAGACUCAUUUUUAGUGUUUUGUUGUUUCUAAUGGUGUGGCAUGGUUUUAAUUAUUUUUGUUAAACUAGGCUAUUUUGUUAUAUUGUUUAAAUUUGAAAAUGGUAAAAUUUUGAAAGCACAUGGUUCUCCUUGUAAAUCCUGUUUUGUUUCAGAAAAUGGUUUUAAAAGAUUUUCCGUUAAGUGCUUUGUGAAGAUUGAAAUGGAUAUCUGUUGUCUGGUGGGCCACAACAAAAUGUGAGAAUAUUUACAAAAACACCCAUAACCAGCAGCACAUUUAACAAAGCAAGUUGGAUAUUUUUUUUUGGUACAGUAGAGCUUUAUCAUUAAAAACUUGUAUAAUUUGUAAUUGUACUAUAUAUACACAUUUUCUAUACAAAUUUCAAAUUUUUGUUAAUUUGUGUUUAAAAAAAAUUGUCAGCAUCUUCUUAUUAACAGCCAGAUGAAAUACAUGCAUAUUGACUGGUACUUGAUGGCUUGCCUGGGCAGCUUUAUAUUGGACAUGGUUCACAUCGUGUAGCGUUUUAUGAGAUUUUCAGCUGGAUUAACCCCCUGCUUCUGGACACACACAUAUACAAUGUAAUACACCCUGCAGUGAGGACAUCCAUAAGAGUCUUCCUUUUUAUCAUUUCUUUUUUUUUCAUGCAGGCUUCUGGAGACAGAGUCAGAUGUUACAUCAUCGGGAUGGCUUUAAAAUGAAUGUGUCUAAUGUGACUGGUAUUUGGUUAAAUAUUUUGAGACUAAUUUCAAAUUGUUUGCAAAGUAAAAUGGCCUAUCAAUUCAUUGUAUGUAGCAUUAAAAUUAUAAAAAGGAGAAAUUUGAGGUGGAAAGUAUCACUGUAGCAGUAGCUCAGUUAGUUUUUGGAAUAGUUUGAAAUACAAGUGCAUUUAAACCUGUUUAGAUUAAGAAUAACUUAUUCCAUUAUAAUACAUUUUUCAACUGGCUGAAGGUGCAUUUGAAAACUGAUUGUUGUUAUUGUUAAAAUUAUUUUAAUUUUAUAGGUUCAAACAUUUCCACCUCUGCAUACAGCACAGUGUUUCAUAUUAUGUGUCAUAUAGUGUAAUAUAUCUCUGACUCUUUCCAAAUGUUUUUACUCUCUGGUAUUUAAACAGAAGGUCAUGCAGGUGUUUUGAAGAAUCGAACACAUACACGUAAUACUGUGGAUUUUCCUUUCAGUGAUCACAGUUUAAAAGUCACGUUUAAAGGAUGAUGACAAAUAAAAAUUUACUGUUUAACAGUU